AUGCCCAGUGAGGGUACUUAUUAUAACAUAUUUAGGCUAGCUACUCCUCCGCUCGCCGCCCAUCUCCGCGGUCACGUGUGUCGUCCUCACAGUCAACGGCUUCGGCAAGGCAAGGAUGGAGGCUUCCCGUCCGAGUGCGACAGCACGUACCACGACGACUCAGAGAUGGUCGUCGCGCUCUCCAUCGGCUGGUUCAGCGGCAUGUCCCGCUGCGGCCGCAGCAUCAAGAUCACCGUGAAGGGUGGCAGCUCAUCCGUGUACGCCAAGGUGGUGGACGAGUGCGACUCCGUCCAUGGUUGCGACGCCGAGCACAACUACGAGGAGUGA